GCGACAGACGGAUUUCAAACAAAAUAUAUACUAAACAAAACAAAAAGAGGAGAAUUUAUUUUGCUGUUUCGAAAAUAAACAAGCGCGCUUUGUUGAUUUCGAAGUCAAGAGCCUGUCAAACUUAAAUCUUUAAAAAUGGGCUGUGCCACGACCAGCGUAAAGAUUACCUCAAUCGUGCUGAAUGCCAUUUUGGCGUUCCUGGCAGUGGGCGCUAUUGGCUGGAUCGCGGUUCAUGCAGAUACGGAGAGCGAGGAAUUCGUUAUCGCCGCCUACGUGGCCUGUGCGAUUAUUUUGCUGUUCGCCUUUCUGGGCAUAUUUGCGGCAGUACGCGAAUCGGUUUGCUUGACCGCAACGAGCGCCGUCUUCUUGCUGCUGCUGGCCAUACCGCAAAUUGUGAGCACCAUAAUGUUUGUGCAUCAGUUCGAGGUGAAGAGCGCCCAGACCACAGUGGAGCUGGCCUGGCAGGCCAACAACAUGGACGGACUGCAGCAGAAGUACGAGUGCUGCGGCAAGAGCAGCGCCCAAGACUAUGUCCAUCUGCGCCAAUUGAUACCGCCCAGCUGCUAUAUCGACCUGGAUCAGAAGCCGGAGCAUCUCUAUGUCGAGGGCUGCAUCGAGAAGCUGCAGAGUCGCUACGAAAACGACAAGCUACGCUUCAUUAUUGUCUCCUGGGUGCUCGUGGCCUUUGAGUUGCUGUGCUUUGUUAUAGCCGUUUUCCUGGCCAUCAGUUUCCGCAACAAGCAGCGCCGCUUGCAAUUUUAAUGGCCAACUGUA